AUGAACAAAAAUGAAAAAAAAGAAGAAGAUAAAUUUAUAGCCGGGAUGGAAGAAAGAAUGUACGCGCCUUUAGAGUGGGAUUCACCGGCAACAUGCAAAAUACAGGAUCUCAAAGAAGUGCAGUACGAAGAAGCUUUGCGUCUGAUAAAACAUCAUUUCUUUCGAGAAGACCCUAUGUGCAAAACGGUGUCUUUACUGGAAGAUGAGAAAUCUGUGACUGCAUAUCUCGAUUUUAUAAAAACAUGGAUGAAAGACACCACCAGCUUGGUAGCUCUCAGUCUGGCAUCGGGACGUGUUGUCGGAGUCGCCAUUACGCGAAUUAACAGUGAUCCAGAAAAAUCUGAUACGUAUAAUCGAGUGCAAAAUUUCGAGGGAAAGGCGUUGGAGAAAAUUAUGAGUUUAUUAAGCGCUGUAAUAAAACAAGCGGACGCGUACAAAGAGCUUGAAUGCGACAUGUACUUUCGACUUCAUAUCCUAUGCGUUCAUCCGUCUUAUCGACAGAAGGGCGUUGAUGACGCCCUCUUAAGUGCUUGCGUCCAAGUCGCAUCCACACUGAAUUUAACGGCGAUCGGUGGCAUUUUCACGUCAGGUCGCAGUCAAUCGCUCGUUUUGAAACAUGGUUUCCGUGUCGUCUCGGAAAUCCGUUACAGUCGGUGGAUUGUCGACGACCGCGUUGUAUUCGACGAUACCGGCAAAGGGAAUUAUUCGGCCGCAUUUAUGGGGAUGCAAAUAUCUAUCGAGGAAUCGUUCCGCGAGUCCUGAAACCAGAGAUCCUCAAAAAUGCGUGCGUGAGGAAAUUGACU